CUAACAGCGGGGCUAUAUAAACGGCCUCCCGACGAUUCAGUCCCGACACACACGAGCCAAUCUUCGUCACGAUCGCUACGGUCCUUCCCAAGCCGACAAACUUGGCCUCGAGAUUAAACUACGAAAGCAAAUCGGCUCUCGAGAGUUUACGUGAACGACUUCGGUGGAGACGAGACUCCGGGUACAAAAACGUUUAUUCUCUUCUGAGGCAAGCACCGAGGAGCUUGCAUCUUCCGAUCGAUUCGGAGCAGAAUAACGAAGAAAGGCACGAGAAUGAAGUUCAUCGUGGUCACAGUGUUGUGCUGCGUGGCGAUUCAAUCGAGUCUGUCGAUGCCAGUCGCUGAGAAUGCCCCGAAAACCGAAUCGGCACCGGCACCAGCGGAAUCCAAUGCCGGAUCUCUCCUCGUCGUACCGCUCGAAAAGGACGUUCGAGCGGCAGGCAAACCCAGCGAAUCUGAGAACAAGCCCGUCGUUUCUGGCGAUGCUCACCAAGAAGGACACGCCGAAGAGACGGCGGCUAGGAGCUUAGAGGCCGAAGGAUCGCUCGGAGCCAAAGCCGAAGCUUCCCCAGCCCUUGACAUCGCAGGAUCGGCGAAAAAAGCCGAGGAGAAGGCUCCGGAAACUGCCGAAGGAUCGCUCGAGAAAAAGAGCGUCGCCGAAGUCCCGGCAGCGCUGGCGGCUGCCGAAGCCGAGCCAGUUCCAGCGUUGAAGAGUGCCGGUGAACCCGCCGAAGCGGCGUCCUCGUCGGCAGGUGCGCAAGAAAGCGCCGCACCGAGCGCCAAAUCCGCCGAAAGUCCGAAGAAAGAAGCUGAGCCAAUUGCGGCGUCCGACGCGAAGCAGCAGUCGGAACCGCUCGGAAAAUCGGCACCGAGUGAAUCGGAGCAGGCGAACCAGCAGCAACCAGCCGGCGCGUCGAGCGAACAAUCGGCGGAGAAGCAACAGCGAGUGAUCGAAGCUGUCGUAGCUGAGAGCAGCGAGCCGAGCAAGAACGAGAAGGAGAUCAAGGCUGAGGCGCAACCGGAACAGGCAGCAGCCGAGAAGACCGAUCGCGUUACCCGGGAGGCCGAAGAAGCUGCUGCAGCAGCCGCGAAAGCAUCGGAGGUGGCGUCACCGGCUGCAGUGGCAGCCGCGAUCCCGGCCUCCAUCGCAGCCGCAGCACCGGCGAUCGAAGCCAGCCUGGCCGAAACGAAAGAGCCCGAAGCAGCCGCUGACAUUGAGAAGAAAUCGGUAGCGAUCGAAGGCGCCGAAGCCGCGAGCGCUGCAAAAGAGGAACAACCGGCGGCCCAACCCGAGAAAGCUCAACAAGAGGUCGCUAAGGAGGUUGAAAAGAAGAACGUCGCGAUUGAAGAAGCCGAGAAUAAACCGAUCGAAGGAGCCUCCGAGCACGUACACGUCGACGGAGAGAAACACGAAGUCGCGGGAGCCGUAGCUGCCGCCGAGGCCGCCGGCGUCCCCCAAGCCAAGAGAGAGACAGCGGAGGAGCAGCCAGCAGUCGAAGGAUCCGCGAAACCAUCCGACGAAAAAGCCGUCCCCGUAGCCCGUGAUGCUGCUGCCAUCGACGAGCAACCGAAAUCGGAAAUUCCUGCUGCGAGCCAACCUGCACCCGCCGCCGCCGCCGCCGCCCAGCCAGCGAAGGAAAUCAAGGAGCGUUCCGAGCAGUCGGCUGCAGCCGAUGAGCACGCAGAGGCAUCGGGCGCCACCGAAAAGAAGGAAGAAUCAGUCGCAGCAAAGAGUUCUCUGUCCGCUGAGGCUGAAGAAAAACCAUCAAAGGCCGUCGCUCCUGCCGAAGAGGGCAAGGCCGAAGAACUCCCCAAGCCUCAAGAGGUCACAGCGGUCAAGGAGUCCAGCGAGAAACGUCAGGUUCCCUCCAAAGAGAGCGCCGAGAGCUCCGAGAGCGCGGAGAGCUCGGAGAGCAAAGAGAGCUCCGAGCCAGUAGCCGCCAGUAGCCACACGAAAGUCGAACACUCGGAAUAACAACCUCACAAACCCCAACACUUUUCUAUCUUUUUACCCUUAUCAUCGAAUCUUCGAUGCGGGCCAUUCCGACCUUUCUCAUAACCACGAAUGCACGAGAGAACGAAAGAUUGAAAGAGAAUUUUAUUUUGAGAGUGAGCGAGAGAGAAAGAACAAAAAAGAGAGAGAGAGAGAGAGAAAGAGAGAAAGACAGAA